CUUUCCGUUAUAAUCCGCAACCGGAGGCAUGGAAGACGAGGACUUCUAUGUGCGUUACUAUGUUGGCCACAAGGGCAAGUUUGGGCAUGAAUUCCUGGAGUUUGAAUUCCGACCCGAUGGCCGGUUGCGUUAUGCCAACAACUCGAACUACAAAAACGAUGUCAUGAUCCGGAAAGAGGCACAUGUGACGCAGGCUGUCAUGAAGGAGUUGAGGAAGAUGAUAGAGGACAGUGAAAUCCUCAAGGAGGAUGACAAUCAUUGGCCGGCGCCAGACCGCAUUGGCCGGCAAGAGCUGGAAGUUGUCUGUGGCAAGGAGCACAUCUCCUUCACCACAUCCAAGAUCGGAUCUCUGGCAGAUGUACAGGCUUCAAAGGAUCCUGAAGGUCUCAGAGUCUUCUACUACCUUGUGCAGGAUCUGAAAUGUUUCGUCUUCAGCCUGAUUGGUCUGCACUUCCGAAUCAAGCCAGUCUGAGGGAACGGCAUGUGACAUUAUAAUCCGCGGAGCAAUGGCAACCGAUGCCAAUUGCAGUGAUUGCAGCCAUUCUCGUCUGAAAAUUGUACCAGAAGCAGUCAAGAUGCUUCAGCAACUGAAUUAAUA